ACAACGCAUGAUGGAGACACUCGCACGAUUCGAGAAGGACGUAAAACGGACCGACACCGGGUUCCUGGCGAUAGCAACAGAGGUGGAAAAUGACGGAGAGAAAGCCUCGGAAACUCCAGAAAAAAUCAAGGAAUUACUGAAGGAGUUCCAAGACAUUCUUCCUGACGAUCUUCCGAACGAGCUACCGCCAUACCGAACGCAUCAACACGAGAUCGUGGAGGAACCGGGUUCGAAGCCGACCUUCCGAGCACCAUACCGGCUCAGCCCUACGGAGCUGACUGACAUGAAAAAACAGAUCGAGUAUCUCCUAGCCAAAGGACUCAUCCGGCCAUCCACUUCGCCAUACGGUGCCCCAGUACUCUUCACCCCGAAACCGGACGGAAGCCUGCGCAUGUGCAUCGACUACCGAGCUCUUAACAAGCAGACCAUCAAGAAUAAAUAUCCGAUACCGCGAAUCGAUGACCUGCUUGACCAGCUUCGGGGAGCUACGGUAUUUUCCAAACUGGAUCUGCGGUCCGGAUACUGGCAGAUACGGAUGGCGGACAACUCUAUCCACAAAACUGCUUUUCGAAGUCGGUACGGAUCGUACGAGUAUUUGGUAAUGCCGUUCGGACUCACCAACGCGCCGGCAACAUUCCAAGCCGAAAUGAACCACAUUCUACGACCAAUGCUGGAUGAAUGCGUGGUAGUGUACCUGGACGACAUCCUCAUCUACUCGCGCGACAUGAAGCAGCACGUCGAACACCUGCGACGCGUCUUCGAAAUUCUUCGACGGGAACGUUUUUACGUCAAACUGUCCAAGAGCGAAUUCGCCCUUGAAAAGGUCCAAUUCCUAGGACACAUGGUGAGCGCUCGAGGAGUUCACGUCGACCCCAAGAAAAUCGAGGCCGUACGCACGUGGAAAACGCCAGAGAACGUGAAGGAGUUGCAGCAGUUCCUAGGCUUCGCUAAUUACUACAACAGAUUCGUGCCACAGUAUGCGAAAAUCGCAGCACCACUCACGAAUCUGCUGAAGAAGAACACGCCCUACAAAUGGGAGACGAAGCAGGCGGCAGGUCCGGGACUCUUUGCAAACGGGUACGCCAUCGACCCCGAAAUUCCCUUGGCAGAAAAGCGACAUCUGCUACAGUGGGACAGUGACAUCGCGUACCGGAAGGGAUCAACAAAAAUCUGGGUACCCAAUUACCCUCCUUUGCGCCAGUUACUACUCGAAGAAUACCACGAUGUCCUGUACGCCGGACACUUCGGUAGCAACAAGACGCUCACCAGUAUCGCCAAACACUACUACUGGCCCCAGAUGGCAGACGACGUCCAGAAAUUCGUCACCUCGUGUGAUACAUGUCAGCGGAUGAAGAGCAGCAAGCAGAAAAAGGCGGGACUACUGCAGCCUCUUCCUGUCCCAGAACAGCCAUGGCAAGUGGUUAGCCUAGACUUCAUCACCGGGUUACCACCUACCUCCAGCGGUCAUGACGCCAUCCUUGUCGUCAUUGACAAGUUCUCCAAAAUGGGACACUUCAUCCCGACACACACGACGGCACGCACCGAGGAGACAGCACAGCUCUUCGUUCGUCAUAUCAUUUCACAGCAUGGCAUCCCAACCACACUCAUUUCCGACCGAGACCCCAAGUUCACCAGCAAGUUCUGGAAGGAACUCAUGUCUCUACUCGGCACCAAACUCGCCAUGUCAUCCGCAUACCAUCCGCAGACAGACGGACAGACCGAGCGCCUUAACCAGAUUGUGGAGCAACUCCUCCGAGCAGCCUGCAAAGACGACAUCUCCAAAUGGGACUUGCACCUGCCCGUACUAGAGUUUGCUUACAACAAUGCUUCCAUGUCCAGCUUCUGAAGCCCUACCGGGAUCCGAACA